ACCACCAAGUACCAAGAAAACCCACCAACAGAUUAGAUAAAAAAACUCUGAAUUUCCUUAAUGACUACUACUACUCUCUUUUACUGUUAACCUAUUUUAUUUGCUCAACUGAUAUGAUAUUUCUAACUCCUACUGUAUUAAUUCAUCUUCACCAAACAACCUGAAUUUCUCAAUCUGCCAAGCCAUACAAAAAACAUAAACUUACAUAAGAAUGGGACGAAUUCCGUGUUGCGAGAAGGAUAAUGUGAAGAGAGGGCAAUGGACUCCAGAGGAAGAUCACAAGCUUUCCUCUUACAUUGCUCAACAUGGAACGCGAAACUGGCGUCUCAUUCCCAAACAUGCUGGUCUCCAGAGGUGUGGAAAGAGCUGCAGGUUAAGGUGGACAAACUACCUCCGACCCGACCUUAAGCACGGCCAAUUCUCUGAUGCUGAAGAGCACACUAUUGUCACACUCCACUCCGUUCUUGGAAAUAGAUGGUCAGUGAUUGCUGCGCAGCUUCCGGGGAGAACAGACAACGAUGUGAAGAAUCAUUGGAAUACUAAGCUGAGAAAGAAGCUUUCCGGCAUGGGAAUCGAUCCAGUUACCCACAAGCCAUUCUCUCACCUCAUUACAGAGAUCGCCACGACGCUAGCGCCGCCGCAAGUACCACACUUGGCAGAGGCGGCAUUGGGUUGUUUCAAGGAUGAAAUGUUGCACCUUCUCACUAAAAAGCGCAUCGGAUUCCAGCUCCACCCGUCGGGUCCCACCGCGCCCGUUAAGCACGAAGACAGAGAUGGAACCAUUGAGAAGAUCAAGUACGGGCUGUCGAGGGCGAUCCAGGAACCGCCUGUCUCUGAUCCCAAACCUUGGGAUCAUACAGGUGGCGCAACACCCUCAAAUUUACCGGAGACCGGUUGUCUGAUGACAACCGAUCAACGACAUGGGGGAUUUCAUCAAUUUGGUGAUCUUCCAUGUCUGAUGCAGGAAGCAGAGGGUUCUCCGUGGAACCAAAGCAUGUGUACCGGGAGCACAUGCACAUUGGGGGAACAACAUGGGAGGCUCCGAGAGAACGUGGUGGACGAUGAAAAUGGCGAGUGUUCGGGUGGGGAGAAGGGGAGAAUUGCUGACACACCGCCACCGGGAAGUUUCCACUCUGACUGUGUGUUGUGGGAUAUUUCUUCUGAAGAUCUCAUGGGUCCUAUGACUUGAGAUUUGAACUCGGUUGGAAAGCAAAGCGGAAACUAACCGAGAAGGGAAACACACCUAACAUUAAUAACACAUUUCAGUGGAUGAUUCUUGUAACAUGCAUUGGUUUUUGCAUUUCUUCAUGAUUUCAUGUUUUUCAAAAGCACAAGAUUUAGAAUAAUCUAAACUAACUAUUAUUGAUCGUCUAGUUUUAUCUCAAAUAUGCAUAACUCUAAAAUAAUUUGAAAUCCCCAUGCCGACUUCCUAGAUUAAUCCCACAUUACUGGAAA